CGGAUACUUUUCCGGUUUUCAGUCGGCAAAGUUGUUCGGCCCAUGUUUACUACUGAAUCGUGUGCUAGUGGAGACCGAAGAUGGAAAUCAAAAGAUAUCUCGUUCUGCUCAUCGUUGCAUCGUUGUUAUUUGCUACAAGAGCAGAAGACGACGACGAGGAUGAGGAUGAGGACGAAGAUGUUGAGAAUGGAGGAGGAAAUAGUGUUCUGGUGUUAACAACUGAAAACUUUGAUGACACUAUAGCAGCCCAUGAUACUGUUUUGGUGGAGUUUUACGCUCCUUGGUGUGGCCAUUGUAAACAAUUGGAGCCUGAAUAUGCGGCUGCUGCCGAACAACUGUCUCAACAUACACCGCCAGUUGUACUAGCCAAAGUUGAUGCCACACAGGAAUCCGAGCUUGGGGAGAGAUUUGAUGUUUCCGGAUAUCCCACUCUUAAGUUUUUCAAAGGAGGAGUUGUCAAUGAAUAUGAGGGGCCAAGAGAAAAAGAAGGUAUAGUGAAAUACAUGAAGGAGAGGGCUUCACCAGACUGGAAGCCGCCUGCAGAAGCUGUAGUGACUGUUACCACGGAUACAUUCCAGGAAUUUAUCGACAGCGCUGACCUUGUAUUGCUGGAGUUCUAUGCUCCAUGGUGUGGACAUUGCAAAAAGCUGGCUCCAGACUACGAGAAGGCAGCCAAGCGACUGGCAGACAUAGAUGAGCCUAUCUUUCUAGGAAAAGUGGAUGCUACAGAAGAAAAAGAGCUAGCUUCACGAUUCGAUGUGACAGGCUACCCAACCUUGAAAAUGUUCAGGAACGGACGAGACUCAGAUUACAAUGGGGAAAGAGAUGUGUCAGGAAUCAUCAAUUACAUGAUGAAGCAGCAGGGUGAGGCGUCAAAGCUCAAACACACAAAAAAAGAGGUGAAACACUACAUGCUGGAGGACCAGGUCACCAUCAUGGGAUUCUUUGACAACAUGUUUGAUCCACUUCUCCGUGUCUACAUGGACGCAGCUAAUGACCUGCGAGAGGACUUCACUUUUGGACAUUCUGUUUCCAAGGAUGUGGGAAACAGCUACAAGGUCAAUCCUAAGUCUGUGGUGGUGUUUACUCCGGAGAAAUUCUACACCAAGUAUGAACCCAAGUGGCACAUCUUCAACAUGGUUGAUGGUACUACUCCAGAGGACGUACAGAAAUUUAUCCAGGAACACCAACAUCCGCUGGUCGGACAGUACACGGCUGAACGCGAGAAACACUUCAAGAAUAGACGCCCACUCUGUCUGGUGUUCUAUGCUGUAGACUGGAGCUUCGACCACAGAGAAGCUACUCAGCUGUGGCGGAAUCGUGUAGCUGGUGUUGCUGCAUCCAACAAAGAGAUCUUGUUUGCGGUGGCAGACGAAGAUGACAACAAGCGACUUAUUUCUGAGUUCCGUCUGGAAGAUUCUGGGGAAGAACUAAACAUUGGUUGCUAUGACAGCAAGAAUCGUCGGUACAAGUUGGACGACAUGGAUGAGUGGGAUGAUGAUGACGUGGAGGAGUUCCUCGGCAAGUUCCGCACAGGAAAAUUGCCGCAGAUAAUCAAAUCACAGAAAGUGCCAAAGAAACAGUCGGGUCCAGUGGUGACGGUGGUAGGAAACUCCUUUAAGGAUAUCGUAAUGGACCCAACCAAGGAUGUCCUCAUCGAACUGUACGCCCCCUGGUGUGGACACUGUAAGUCACUCACACCCAAGUACAACGAGCUUGCUAAGCGUUUCAAGAAUGAGAAGAAUCUUGUGAUUGCCAAAAUGGAUGCAACAGCAAACGAGGCUCCAGAGGCGUACCGUGUUGGAGGUUUCCCUACGAUCUACUGGGCCCCUGCCAACAACAAGGAAAACCCUAUUCAAUAUGAUCGCCAACGUGAGACCGACGACUUCGAAAAGUUCAUCAAAGAAAAAGCAACAGUUUCAUUUGGGAAAGGACUGAAAGAGGAACUUUAAUAUCAUAUACCUAAGACUAAAUUCUAACUCGGGAGUAGAAUGCUUUUGAUAUACUUUUGGAGAAAAAAAGCCCAAGAUUUACUGAAAUGAAUUUCAGAUUUUUUUUGUAAAGAAAAUAGCGUUAUAAUGCAACAUCAUUUAGACUUAUCCGACUUUCCUUUUAUCCUUCUUAAUUGCUUUAUUAAGAGAAAUUUUACAUAGUAAAAGACUAAUGUAUGGUAUUAUUUGAUUAAACAAUAUAUUUAUAAUAAAUAUAUUUCUAUUAGAUUGAGACUGCAGCUUAGGUGUGGGGAGACUUAUCUGGAUAUUUUGUAGAUUUUUUAAGAUACACAUUUAUUUAAACUUUCUGUAAAAGAUGAUUUAUAAAAGUUGUAUUUACAUGACAUAUUCUUGGUGCAGGUCUACUGUGAACAUGUUGAUUCCUUGUCAUAGAAAGGUUUUAUGUGAGCAUGGGAAAACGUCUGAAAAUACAAAUUGUCAAAGUGGAUGUAAGUAUUAAAGGGUGGAAUCAAAAAAGGUUACUGGCCCAAUGGUCCAGUUGAAGUAAAAAUGCACAGGUCCUGUUUGAGCACCAAAGGAGGGUCUGGGGAAAUAUUUUCAAAUUUGCUGAUGUUUUAGAAAAUUUACAAAACAUUUACUGGCCCGGAGGGAUAGCUUGUUGAAAAACCUACUGGUCCACCCAGAAAACCAUGGGCCAGUGGACCAGUAGUUAAUUCCACCCCUGUGUAUAUUUCUUAUCUGUGUCUGCGUUUGGUGAACAUUGUGGGUAUUAGGCCUCCAUUUUCUUUUGUUUGUAGAAGGCAUCUAUUUUUCCUCAGAGUGUGUGUGUAAUUUGUGUUGAUAGGAGGCGCCAAUGUUUUGUGUGCGUGUGUGUGUAAUUUGGGUGAAGAUACAUGUCUGUGUGGUUGUAAAUGGGAAGGUAUGUCAGUGUCCUUGAAGUAUUUUACAUUGUUGGUCAAAAGUUGACAUGAUGAUCGUGUAUGGUCACACAUUGUUUUAACUGAUUGCUGUGAGUGCUAAAGGAAGCCUUUUAUGUAUGAAUUGUGCAGCAUUAGAAAGUUAUAGAGAUAUUAAGUGGAUACAAUCCUUCAUGGAUCAGGGUUUCUUAAUCUCACUAAUAUUAUGUUUCAUUCUUUGAAAAUAUAUUAAAUGUAUUACAAUAAGAGCCGAUUCCAAGACAUGUUGUGAAUGAACUUUUUCCUGAUAAUGUGGCUCAUCUCUUUUUUUGGAAACAGAAUUUUAACGAAACUGUUGCUGUAAGCUACAUAUCAGAUCAUGAUUUAUUUUUUAACAUGUUUCUGUUAUAUCAUUAUCGUCAUCGAAUCAAGACAAUUUAUAUGGAAAAGUUCAGCAUAUAUUCCCAUAGGACUGGUUUAAUGUGUCAAUACAGUUUGUUUGUAUGACCAAGUGUCGGCUACAGUCCUUUCCUUUGCUUUAAAUAUCUGGUUUGUGCAGUAUUAUUUUCUUUGGUUGGUACUUCAGAAUACAUUUCUGUCAUGACAGUAUUUACAGAAUUUCAUUCUUCAUACCAUGAGUAUAGAGAAAAUAAAUUUGCUGUAAAAAAAAGUCCCUUUAGACAUUACUAGGUUUUGAUGCAGACUACUGUACACUCUACUGAAAUAUGCUAUAAUAUGUAGUGAAUGUAUUCCUACAUACAGGUGGUCACAUCCUGUAGUGGUUUACAAGGAACCAAGCUCGAUGACGAUGAAAAUUUUAUGAGAUUUUGUUGCGAUUUAAUUUUGUUGACCUUUUUUUCUGAAUUGCAAGGAAUUUUGAUCCUGUGUAAAAGAGGUACAUUGUACUAUGCAAGAGAGGAAUAAACGAGUUUCUAAGAA